ACCGCGGGGGCGCCGCGCUCGCCAGGUCGGCAGCCGAGUUCGGGGCACCUUCCCUCUGUGGGGCCAGAGAACCGUCCCCCUAAGCACUGCGGCGCCCCUGUAGACCCCGGCCUGCGGCGCAAGGGUUGAGGCUGGUGCUGCAGGCGGCGGUGGUGCGGUGAGCCAGGCGGCCUGCGCGGCGGAGUGCGCCGAGCCCCGAUUCCCAGCUCGGGCCGGGCCCCGCGGAUCCUAGUCCCGGGCCCGGCUCUGGCCUCAGCCUCUAGCGCCCCGGGGCAGUCGGAUGGGGCGCACCGGGUGGCGCUGAGCCCUGCCGCGGGGCCAUGGCCUCGGCGUGCGGGGCGCCGGGCUCCGGGGGCGCACUGGGCAGCCCGGUCCCUGCCUGGUACCACCGCGACUUGAGUCGCGCGGCGGCAGAGGAGUUGCUAGCCCGGGCGGGCCGCGAUGGCAGCUUCCUGGUGCGAGACAGCGAGAGCGUGGCAGGGGCCUUCGCGCUCUGCGUCCUGUAUCAGAAACAUGUGCACACAUACCGCAUUUUGCCAGAUGGGGAGGACUUCCUGGCAGUGCAGACCUCGCAGGGUGUGCCCGUGCGCCGCUUCCAGACUCUGGGGGAACUAAUCGGCCUGUAUGCCCAGCCCAACCAAGGCCUGGUGUGUGCCCUGCUGCUGCCUGUAGAGGGGGAGAGAGAGCCAGACCCGGCGGACGACCGCGAUGCCUCAGAUGGGGAGGAUGAGAAGCCCCCGCUGCCCCCACGCUCCGGCUCCACCAGCAUUUCUGCCAGCCCCCCGCCAGUCCCUGAGACUCCCACUACUACAGCUGCUGAGAGCACUCCCAACGGGCUGAGCACCAUUUCCCACGAGUACCUGAAGGGCAGCUACGGGCUGGACCUGGAGGCUGUGAGGGGUGGUGCCAGCAACCUGCCCCACCUCACCCGUACUCUCGCCACCUCGUGCCGGAGGCUGCACAGUGAGGUAGACAAGGUGCUAUCGGGCCUGGAGAUCCUGUCCAAGGUGUUUGACCAGCAGAGCUCGCCCAUGGUGACUCGCUUGUUGCAGCAGCAGAACGCACCUCAGACAGGAGAACAGGAAUUAGAAAGCCUGGUGCUGAAGCUUUCCGUGCUGAAGGACUUCCUAUCUGGCAUCCAGAAGAAGGCCCUGAAGGCCCUACAGGAUAUGAGCUCCACAGCACCCCCUGCCCCACUGCAGCCAUCCACGCGUAAGGCCAAGACCAUCCCUGUGCAGGCUUUUGAGGUGAAACUGGAUGUGACUCUGGGAGACCUGACCAAGAUUGGGAAAUCACAGAAGUUCACGCUGAGUGUGGAUGUGGAGGGUGGCCGGUUGGUGCUGCUGAGGAGGCAGCGGGACUCCCAGGAGGAUUGGACCACCUUCACGCAUGACCGCAUCCGCCAGCUCAUCAAGUCCCAGCGUGUCCAGAACAAGCUGGGCGUUGUGUUUGAGAAAGAGAAGGAGCGGACCCAGCGCAAGGACUUCAUCUUCGUCAGUGCUCGGAAGCGGGAGGCCUUUUGCCAGCUGCUGCAACUCAUGAAGAACAAGCACUCCAAGCAGGACGAGCCUGACAUGAUCUCUGUCUUCAUAGGAACCUGGAACAUGGGAAGUGUGCCCCCUCCGAAACACGUGACGUCUUGGUUCACAUCAAAGGGUCUGGGAAAGACCCUGGACGAGGUCACUGUGACCAUCCCCCAUGACAUCUAUGUCUUUGGGACCCAGGAGAACUCAGUGGGCGACAGAGAGUGGCUGGACCUACUGCGUGGGGGCCUCAAGGAGUUCACAGAUUUGGAUUACCGCCCGAUCGCCAUGCAGUCACUGUGGAACAUCAAGGUGGCCGUGCUGGUCAAGCCAGAGCACGAGAACCGCAUCAGCCACGUCAGCACCUCCAGCGUGAAGACCGGCAUUGCCAACACCCUGGGGAACAAGGGAGCUGUGGGUGUCUCCUUCAUGUUCAAUGGCACCUCAUUUGGCUUUGUGAAUUGCCACCUCACCUCGGGGAAUGAGAAGACUGCACGGCGGAACCAGAACUACCUAGAUAUCCUGCGGCUGCUCUCGCUGGGCGACCGGCAGCUCAAUGCCUUUGACAUCUCUCUGCGUUUCACUCACCUCUUCUGGUUUGGGGACCUCAACUAUCGCCUGGAUAUGGAUAUCCAGGAGAUCCUGAACUACAUUAGCAGGAAGGAGUUUGAGCCCCUGCUCAGGGUGGACCAGCUCAACCUGGAGCGGGAGAAGCACAAGGUGUUCCUUCGAUUCAGUGAGGAGGAGAUCUCCUUCCCACCUACCUACCGCUACGAGCGGGGUUCCCGGGAUACAUAUGCCUGGCACAAGCAGAAGCCCACUGGGGUCCGGACCAAUGUGCCCUCAUGGUGUGACCGGAUCCUGUGGAAGUCCUACCCCGAGACCCACAUCAUCUGCAAUUCUUAUGGUUGCACGGAUGACAUUGUCACCAGCGACCACUCUCCUGUGUUUGGGACAUUUGAGGUGGGAGUUACCUCUCAGUUCAUCUCCAAGAAAGGGCUCUCGAAGACUUCAGACCAGGCCUACAUCGAGUUUGAGAGCAUCGAGGCCAUUGUGAAGACAGCCAGCCGCACCAAGUUCUUCAUUGAGUUCUACUCCACCUGCCUGGAGGAGUAUAAGAAGAGCUUCGAGAACGAUGCCCAGAGCAGCGAUAACAUCAACUUCCUCAAAGUACAGUGGUCCUCACGCCAGCUACCUACGCUCAAGCCCAUUCUGGCUGACAUCGAAUACCUGCAAGAUCAGCACCUCCUGCUCACAGUCAAGUCCAUGGAUGGCUACGAGUCCUAUGGGGAGUGUGUGGUUGCACUCAAGUCCAUGAUUGGCAGCACGGCCCAGCAGUUCCUGACCUUCCUGUCCCACCGUGGCGAGGAGACGGGCAACAUCCGAGGUUCCAUGAAGGUGCGGGUGCCCACGGAGCGCCUGGGCACCCGUGAACGGCUCUACGAGUGGAUCAGUGUUGAUAAGGAUGAGGCUGGAACAAAGAGCAAAGCCACCUCUGUGUCCCGAGGCAGCCAGGAGCCCAGGUCAGGGAGUCGCAAGCCGGCCUCUGCGGAGGCCUCCUGCCCGCUGUCCAAGUUGUUCGAAGAACCAGAGAAACCACCACCCACUGGGAGGCCACCGGCCCCACCCCGAGCAGCUCCCCGGGAGGACCCCUUGACCCCCAGGUUGAAGCCAGAGGGUGCUCCUGAGCCGGAAGGGGCGACGGCCCCCCCACCCAAGAACAGCUUCAAUAACCCCGCAUACUACGUUCUCGAGGGGGUCCCGCACCAGCUGCUGCCCCCAGAGCACCCCUCAGCUACCAGGGCCCCUGCCCCACCUGCCACUAAGAACAAAGUGGCAAUCACUGUGCCUGCCCCACAACUUGGGCGCCACCGGACCCCCCGUGUUGGGGAGGGCAGCUCCUCCGAUGAGGAGACUGGGGGCACGCUACCCCCUCCGGACUUCCCACCCCCUCCCCUGCCAGAUUCGGCCAUCUUCCUGCCCCCAAGCCUGGAUCCUUUGCCAGGGCCUGUGGUCCGGGGUCGCAGUGGUGGUGAAAGCCGUGGUCCACCCACUCCCAAGGCUCACCCGAGGCCCCCGCUGCCGCCGGCUCCCUCCUCUGCCAGUGCUUUCCUGGGAGAGGUGGCCAGCGGGGAUGACCGCUCCUGCUCGGUGCUACAGAUGGCCAAGACACUGAGCGAGGUGGACUAUGCCCCCGUGGGGCCUACACGCUUGGCGCUCCUCCCUAGCCCCCUGGAGCUGCAGUCGCCCCGAGGACUGCCCUCGGACUAUGGCCGUCCCCUCAGCUUCCCCCCACCCCGCAUCAGAGAGAGCAUCCAGGAGGAUCUGGCAGAGGAGGCUCCAUGCCCGCAGGGCGGGCGGGUCGGCGGGCUGGGUGAAGCGGGCAUGGGUGCCUGGCUGCGGGCCAUUGGCUUGGAGCGCUACGAGGAGGGCCUGGUGCACAAUGGCUGGGAUGACCUCGAGUUUCUCAGUGACAUCACCGAGGAAGACCUGGAGGAGGCUGGGGUGCAGGACCCGGCUCACAAGCGCCUCCUUCUGGAUACCUUACAGCUCAGCAAGUGAUGGCUCCAAUCUGGCUAAGCUGCAAACUCCAGGGUCCCUCCUGAAUUGAGGCCUAGCUGUAGCCCUGGGAGUGGGAAGUUAGGGCUGGGGCAGUACCUCUCUGCCAGUUUAUUGGGAAUCUGAAUUCUCCACUGCCCAAUCAUCUGGAAAGCCCUGAUUAGGACAUCCUGUUCCUCACCUUUUUGAGGCCCAUUUGCCACGGGUACCAACCACCUUGGUCACUGGGUCUGGUGCUGUCAGUCCCUGGAUCCAGCUCUGCGGGUGGUGCCUGCCAGUGGGCUACAGUUGGUUGUGUCCAUCCCUCCCCUAAAUCGCCCCAGUGGCUUCUGAGGUCCCGCAUGGAGGGGGAGCCUCAGCAGGACCUCCUCUGGCUCUUCCAGGGAGAGUAGGGGUUUGUCCGGAAAUGAAGGAAUAGUCCUGGUCCUGGGCUCUGGUUAUUUAAGCCUUUCUGUGUGGGUUUGGGGAGGGAAGUCACCCCAGUGUUGUUGGGGUUGCUGGGGAGGGGCGGGCUGUUGCUUGGCCUGCCCCUCCCUGUGCUGGAAACGGCGGGGCUUGGUUCCUCGCUUGGCUGCAACCGGGGGAAGAUUUUGCAAACAGCCAUGCCCCUGUCUGGGCACUCCAAAGGGUUGCCGGAGGGAUGUCUUCAAUAAAUUAAGUUUUAUUUGGA